GUGAUGGUGAAGCAUCAAGAUUUCAAGACUUGCGAUCAAUCCGGGUUCUGUAAACGGAAUCGAUUAUACGCCGACACAGCGACGUCCAAUUCCAAUUGGGAAUCUCCAUAUACGUUAGAUCGAUCGACCAUAAAAUUUAGCCAGGGCAUCUUGACGGGUGUUGUAUACAAGAAGAUCAUCAACAGCGACGAGAGCGUCAGGCUUCCCGUCACAAUAUCAUUCUAUGAAUCCGGCGUUGCUCGCGUGACCAUUGACGAGGAAAGGCGGCAGCAGGGAAAGAUUGAGCUUCGACAUGACCGCAAGGACAUUCAAAAGCAGCGAUGUAAUGAAGCUGAGAAAUGGGCAAUCGUUGGAGGCACCACUGUCAGUACCGGCGCAGCACUCGACAAGGAUGCUGAGAAAGGUACCACGAUUGUCAAGUAUGGACCUACCAGCAAGUUUGAAGCAGUCAUCAAGCAUUCACCGCUGAGCAUUGACUUCAAGCGUGAUGGCGAGACUCACAUCAAACUCAACGAUCGUGGCUUGCUCAAUGUGGAGCACUGGCGCAAAAAGGUCGAGAAGAAAGAGCCUGAAAAGGAAGGGGAGGAUGCAGAGAAGAAGGGAGACGAAGCUGUGGUUGCUGAGAGCGACAAAGAGGCGGCUGACGAUGAGAGCACAUGGUGGGAGGAGUCAUUUGGUGGAAACACCGACACGAAGCCAAAAGGCCCGGAAGCUGUCGCUCUGGACGUGUCCUUCCCUGGCUACGAGUAUGUUUAUGGCAUCUCCGAGCACACUGGUCCAUUGGCGCUGAAGGAGACCCGCGGCGGCGAUGGCCAGUUUUCGCAGCCGUACAGGAUGCACAACAGCGAUGUCUUCGAAUACGAGAUGGAUAGCCCGAUGACGCUGUAUGGAAGCAUUCCAUUCAUGCAGGCACAGAAGAAAGAUUCUGCUGUUGGUGUUUUCUGGCUCAAUGGCGCCGAGACAUGGGUCGAUAUCACCAAGACUUCUUCCAUCGCAAACCCGCUCAGUCUCGGAAUCGCUGGCAAGACCACCACUAACACGCACUGGAUCAGUGAGUCCGGUCUACUCGAUAUCUUCGUUUUCCUUGGACCCACACCACAGGAUGUUAUUGGUGCUUAUACAGAGCUCACCGGCACGCAACAGCUUCCACAGCACUUUGCAAUCGCUUCACACCAAUGUCGCUGGAACUACGUCACGGACGAGGAUGUCAAGGAUGUAGAUCGCAAGUUCGACAAGGCUCGCAUUCCAUACGACGUGAUUUGGCUUGACAUCGAAUACACUGAUGGCAAGAAAUAUUUCACCUGGGAUGGCAUGACAUUCCCCGACCCAAUCGGUAUGCAAAAGCAGCUGGACGAGCAUGAACGGAAGCUUGUGGUGAUCAUCGACCCACACAUCAAGAACGAAGGCGGCUACCACGUCGUGGACGAACUGAAAUCAAAAGAUCUCGCAGUGCACAACAAAGAAGGAAGCAUCUACGAAGGUUGGUGCUGGCCUGGAAGCAGUCAUUGGGUAGACUGCUUCAAUCCAGCCGCUCGCAAGUGGUUUGCAGGACUAUUCAAAUACAGCAAGUUCCCUGGCACAUCCAAGAACGUCUGGUUGUGGAACGACAUGAACGAGCCAUCCGUAUUCAAUGGGCCUGAAGUCACGAUGCCAAAGGACAAUGUCCAUCACGGUGGCUGGGAACACCGGGACAUCCACAACAUCAACGGCAUGACCUUCGUCAACGCCACCUUCGAAGGCCUCCUCGCUCGUGACAAAGAAGAAGAGAAAAACAACCGGCGUCCGUUCGUCCUCACGCGGGCUUUCUUCUCGGGUAGCCAACGUCUCGGGGCCAUGUGGACAGGUGAUAAUCAAGCGGAUUGGUCUCAUUUGGAAGCGUCCAUCCCAAUGGUACUCAGCAUGGGCAUCACAGGUUUCCCCUUCGCAGGCGCGGACAUUGGUGGCUUCUUCGGCAAUCCGAGCAAAGAACUGCUCACGCGGUGGUACCAAGCUGGAAUCUGGUAUCCUUUCAUGCGCGCACAUGCUCACAUCGACACGCGUCGCAGAGAACCAUAUUUGGCUGGUGAGCCUUACACAGGAAUCAUCACGCAAGCUGUGCGUUUGCGAUACAGCUUGCUACCCGCGUGGUACACGGCUUUCCACGAGUCUCACGUCACGGGCGCGCCUAUCGUGCGACCGAACUACUACAUGUUCCCUGGUGAUGAGAAGGGCUUUGGAAUUGAUGAUCAAUUCUACCUGGGUAGCUUUGGUCUUCUCGCUAAGCCCGUGACUAAGGAAGGUCAGCAGGGCCAAGCUGUUUACCUUGCUGACAAGGAGAAGUACUACGACUAUUUCGACUUCUGGACGUACGAAGGUCCGGGCGAGGUGGCUCUUUCGUCGCCAUUGGAAACGAUUCCAUUGCUGAUGCGUGGCGGUCACAUCAUUCCUCGUCGCGACAGACCGAGGAGGAGCUCUGGACUCAUGAUGUACGACCCGGUCACGCUCGUCGUCGUACUCGGGCAUUCGGGUGACGCAGAAGGCACUCUGUACUUGGACGACGGUGAGACGUACGCUUACCAGGACGGCGCAUACAUCCAUCGACGAUUUGUGUACAAUGGCGAAGCUUCGAGCUUGACGAGCGAGGAUGUGAGCACGAGCGGGAAGAAGACGAAGGAGUAUUUGAAAGAGAUGGAUAAGGUUCGUGUCGAGAAGAUCAUCGUUGUCGGAGCACCCGAUGCAUGGAAAGACAGGACGGAGGUGGAAGUCAGCGAAGACAUUGCAGCUGGCAAGAAGAGUGCGGCGGCACGAAAAGUCCCGCUUGACUUCCACAAGAAGGUCGAGGGCAAGGCUGCUUGGGCGGUUGUCCGUGAUCCUGCUGUCAAGAUUGGCAGCGGGUGGAAGAUCACGUUCUGAUCUACAGCGAUAGGAGUAGAGCGAUCGACAGAAACUUGGUAAUCAAAUCAAAAUCAAACGUGUCAAAAGUUCC